GUUCUAGAAGACCUCUAAGAUAUACUCAUAUUAAUGUUGAUUUGAAAGGUAUCUAGAAGACCUCUAAGAUAUACCUAUUUAAGUUAGGCCUUGCGGGUAUGAACCCCGGUGGCUAGGGUUAAAACGUACGUACGGGAUCCAAGAACCAAACUUGAGUACCUACUCGUUUGGGGGUACCACCCACCCAACAGUGAACACUACGCUNUCUAGAAGACCUCUAAGAUAUACUCAUAUUAAUGUUGAUUUGAAAGGUAUCUAGAAGACCUCUAAGAUAUACCUAUUUAAGUUAGGCCUUGCGGGUAUGAACCCCGGUGGCUAGGGUUAAAACGUACGUACGGGAUCCAAGAACCAAACUUGAGUACCUACUCGUUUGGGGGUACCACCCACCCAACAGUGAACACUACGCUAUAGGUUUCUGGUUGGCCUUAAGUGAAGACUUUGAGUCUUAGCUUUUUACUCUGUAUAAAGCAAUUCCCUUCGCCGGCUCUUCGUUCCCGAUUCUCCGUAUCUGUUCUGAGCAGCGGAUCGUGGAAAAUGGCAUCCCAAGACCACUUGAACAAGAUGCAGCUCCGUCAGAACUAUCGCAAUUUAUGGCACACUGAUCUUGUGAACACCAUCAAAGCUGACACUCCUUAUUGCUGUUUUGCGUUGUGGUGUGGACCUUGUGUAUCAUAUUUGCUUCGAAAACGUGCUCUUUACAAUGAUAUGACAAGGUAUACAUGCUGUGCUGGCUAUAUGCCCUGCAGUGGCCGAUGUGGAGAGAGCCGAUGUCCUGAAGUGUGCCUUGCUACUGAGGUUUUUCUUUGCUUUGGAAAUUCAGUGGCUUCAACACGAUUUUUGCUGCAAGAUGAGUUCAACAUACAAACAACAAAGUGUGAUAAUUGCAUUAUUGGCUUCAUGUUCUGUCUCCAACAGCUUGCUUGCAUUUUCUCUAUAGUCGCAAUGAUUGUUGGAAGUGAUGAGAUUCAGGAGGCUUCCCAGUUACUAUCUUGCUUGUCUGAUAUGGUCUACUGCUCGGUUUGUGCCUGUAUGCAGACACAGCACAAGAUUGAGAUGGACAAGAGAGAUGGUAUGUUUGGUCCUGGACCGAUGGCAGUUCCUCCGGUUCAGCAAAUGACACGGUUUGAUCAGCCAACGCCCCCACCCGCUGUUGGAUAUCCUCCUCCACCAUAUCUAUAUGCCCAACACCCAUAUCCUCCUCCUCAACCCCAAGGUUAUCCUCCAGCUGCAUAUCCAAAGUGAUAUAUAUAUAUAUAUAUAUAUAUAUAUAUAUAUAUAUAUAUAUAUAUAUAUAUAUAUAUAUAUAUAUAUAUAUAUAUAUAUAUAUAUAUAUAUAUAUAUAUAUAGGUCAUCUGAGUAUUAUAUCUUUGCUACCGACCAGGACUUGCUCAGUUUAUUUGGCUUAUGCAUCUUUUAACAAUUUACUUAUCAAAAUUGAGCUGGGUGUAUAUCUAUAAAUAUAGACCUUUAUUCCUAUGAUAUGAAAUUGAAUUGGGUCAUGUGUGCUGAGUUGUUCUCUGUAGAUUCUUGUGUGUGAACAUGAUAGGUUGUAUGUUUGAUUUUAUUUCAAAUAUUGUCCUGAAAUGCCAUUGGUUUGCUUCGACAUCAAAUGCUUGCGUUUUAUUCGCGGUCAAUCAAUAGUCAAUAGCAUU